AUGGCUCGACUUACAGAUCACCGCCUCUUGACGUUCGACGUGUACGGCACUCUGAUCGACUGGGAAACUGGAGUACUGAAUGCAUUCAACCCUCUGAUAGAAAUCAGUGGUAUUUAUCCAACCCGCGGCCAAAUCCUACAAGCGUUUCACGAAUGUGAGCGCGCCCAGCAGAACAAGACUCCGAAUAUGAAAUACAGCGACCUUGUCGCCACCAUCUGUCCACAUGUUACGGCUAGUUUGGGUCUGCCUGAGCCUACUUCGGAGCAGAGCGCUAAUUUUGGGAAUUCGGUCCCGAGUUGGCCGGUAUUUCCGGAUACCGUGAAGGCUUUGGAACGUCUGAAGAAGCACUUCAAACUUGUAUGCCUCUCCAAUGUUGACAUGGAUUCUUUUGCGGGUUCCAACGCUGGGCCUUUGCAAGGGAUCGAUUUUGACCUUGUGAUUACUGCAGAAGAGGUAGGAAGCUAUAAGCCAGAUCUUCGCAACUUUGAAUACAUGCUGCAACAGGUCAAAGAAAAGUUCGGAGUGUCAAAGGAGGAAAUAAUCCAGACGGCUCAGAGUCAAUUUCAUGACCACCAUCCGGCUCAUAAGAUGGAUAUCCGUUCGAGCUGGAUCGUUCGCCCCGGUGCUCUCAUGGGCAACCUCGACGAGCAGGUCUACGACUGGAAAUUCGAUACAUUGGGCGCUAUGGCGGAUGCUGUAGAACUAGAACUGGAAGCAUAA